UAAUGUGUAUACCUGAUGUAAGCUAGUUUACAAUUAUAUAUUUAACGUUUAUAGUACUUUAAAGAACAGUCMGUCAGUGCAGUGAAGUAAGUCAGUGUAGGUUGAUGCCAGUUGGCACAUAAAGAAGGUGAACUAAGUCGAAAAUCAGCAGCCGAUCGAUAUAACAAACGGCACGGCAAACACUGGCAAUAUAAUCCUUCGAGGCGGAUCUGCCGAUGAUUUAAGGAGGCGUUGCUGGUUAUGAGGUUCAUUUCAGCUCUUUGAUUUAUAUUUAGAAAGUGCAUAAAAGAUGUUGUGCCAAAUGAGGCCACGUGAAUUCACUGAGUUUUCUACACAUCAUGCAUCUUGUAAACACACCCUAUCUUUCUGAAGAAGAAUGUUUAGCUUAAGAACACUUUCAUGCGGACUAAGAAAAAGARAGAAAAUCAAAUUAUGGCUUAAACCUCAAGGAUACAAAAGAAUUAUUUGCCAGUGUAAGAAAAAGAUCAGAGUCGCACGGAAAAAUGGUGACAUACAGGGACAGCUGAAAUAUACUUCUCUUCUGGUAGAAAUCUAUUACUUGCUGAAACUUUACGCUCAUGUUAUCRAUUACAGCAAAAGAUGUAUUGACGUUGCUAAGGCGGUCGGCGACAAACCAAGUGAGCUGAAGGCUUGCUAUUUCCUUGUAAAAACCUAUGACGUACAGAGAAAAUACGAUGCUGAUGCUAUUUAUUACAGUGAGCUAUGCACUAAACUCGCAGAAGAGGUUAAAGAGGUUAAAGAAAAGAAGUACUUUUUUAGAGCCUGUUAUUUACUGAUCAAAGCGUAUGGAUUACUGAAUCAGUACGAUUCUGCUGUGAUUUAUGCUAAGAAAUACCUUAAAUACUCAGAAGAAACUGGUGACAAAGAACGUGAGUUCAAGGCAUGUUAUUUACUGAUAAUAGCUUGUGAUUWGUUGAAGCAAUACGAUAAAAAUACGACCUUUUACUGUCAAAAAUGCAUUGACAUCACAGAGAAGACUGGUGACAAGAAAAUCAAGUUAAAGUCAUGCUUGAUACUGGUGAAAACGUACGAAUAUUUGCAGCAGUAUGAUGAGGUUGCCAUUUCGUAUUGCAAAAAAUGUCUAUACAUUUUAAAGGAGACAGGUAACAACCCGCAAAUUGAAUUGAAGACGUGUUAUUUACUGUUGAGAGGUUAUGACUUAUUGGAGAAGUACGAUUAUGCUAUUCCAUACGUCAAUAGAUAUAUGGAAAUCGCAGAGAACACCACUGACACACUGAGUGAGCGGGAAUGCCAUUAUUUCCUUGAAUUUGCAUUGAAGCUUGCUAAAGCUCUUUUCUUCAAGAAAAAUUACGAUGAGGCUGUCACUUAUUGCAAGAAAUGUGUUGAAAUUGCUCGUCAGAUGGAUGACAAAAGAGGAUUAACAAAGACCUAUUUGUUACUUGGAAGAGUGUACUACUCCCUGAACCAGUAUAAUGAAGCUAUCGUCUAUUGUAGGAAAUGCAUUCUCAUGGAGCUAUUUGAUGGUAAACAAGAUGAGAUCGAUGCAUACUCUAUACUUGUGGAAGCUCACUGCUUUCAGCAGAACUACGAUGAUGCCAUAACUAAUGGAAAAAGAUGCAUCCGUAGGGCACAUGAAACCAAACAAGAACAUGCUUUAACAGAUGUCUACUAUUUUAUYGGAGAAGCAUCUUACUUUUUGAAUAGGUACGAUGAUGCUAUCAAAUAUUGCGAGGAAGGUAUUGCCAUAGCAACGCAAAAUGAUAACAAAUCUCGUGAGAUUGAAAGCUGCUUGCUGCUUGCCAAAGCGUUUUAUGAACGCCAAUGGUACGAUGCUGCUUUAGUUAAAAGCAAAAAAUGUAUUCACAUUGCAAAUCAGGAGGGCAACAAAUUAUCUGAAAUGGRGGCCCAUUUGUUGGCUGGAAAAUCUUGUUUUUCCCUGAAAUACUACGAAGAAGCCAGCUUUUAUGUCAAGAAAUGCAUCAAAAUGGCACAAGAGAACGGCCACUUGAAAUUUGAAUUAGAUGCUUGUAUUGUCAAUGCAAGGCUUUUUCAUUCAAAAGGCAGCACAAGGGAACUUGUAUCAGCUAUAGCUCAGAGUCUGGUUUUAGCAGAGGAACUUCGUGAUAGUCCUGCUAAGCGAUCUGUUGUUGAAAUAAUUUUUGCUUUUCUUGAACAGCAGGACAAUGGCAAGAAUUCAAUGACAGAUAAUUCSAAACCCGAAUUUUAUCAAACACUUGUAAGUGUUGUAAGUCUGGGCAAUGAGAAGGAAACAAUGAAGAAAAUCGAGAAACUGAUGGUUUUACAUGAGAGGUACGUUCACCAAGUACAAGAUGAUGAAUGCACAAAAGCAAUUGCCACUUUAAAGCAAAUAGCAGAUAUUGACCUAAAUUCGAUAAAGAUUUUCCUUAAGUCAUUUUGCCAUCAGAAAAUGGGUUGUCUUUACUUGGAUCUUGACCAGAAAGAGGAAGCAAUAAGCCAACUCCGUAAUGCAAUAGAUUGCGCAGAAGAAGUUGGCUCUGCAGUUAUCAAAAAUAAAAUAAUUCUUAAUUGCAGUAGAAUUCUGGGGAUGGCAUACUUCAAAAGUGGGGAAACUGAACAGUCCAUUUUCUUUUUAARAAAAUUCAUUGGUUGUAUUGACUUCUUUGUUGAGAGCAUGGAAGCUGAUGAAAACACUAUCAUUGAUUUUAUUGACAAAAACAACGAUUGCUACAAUUACUUGGCAAAAGCUCUGAUCAAGACGAAUCGGAUUCAGGAAGCCCUGCUAGUUUUAGAACAACGUACUGCUAGAGCUUUAAAAGAACAGUUGAUGUCAAGACAUGAAAUUAACAAAACCGCACAAGAGCGCCAUAAAGAUCACUUAACAUAUUGUGACAUCAUGUCACUAGUUUCAAGAAACAAGUACUCGAUUUUAUUUUGUUCUGUCUUUCCUGAUUGUAUGUACACAUUUCUUGUCGAGGAAGGCACAGUUUUGCAGUUUCGGCAAUUUUCAUCCCCUAAAGCAGACACUGAAAGCUUAGUUAAUACAAUGCUCGAAAGUUUCGCAAUCAACAAGAAAAUCAGAACAUUGUCCGAUAUGGACAUCAACAUCAUUUCCCAUGAGAAUAGUUCUUGUGACAUAGACCAAGAUAUUGUGAAGGCGGUUGGAAGAAUAUUGGCGUAUUKUGGUUGUUCUCCUCGUUCUAGAACUCCCAAGGAGCCGUGUGAAAACGUUGAUGUAGGCAGUAUCACAAAUGAUUUAGAAAUUCUGUACCAUAACUUAUUCGGUAAAAUGUCAAUUAAGCAAGAUGAAAUUGUGAUCAUUCCGGAUGGUCCUUUAUACAAAGUGCCGUUUGCUGCYCUACGAGACCCAGAUACUGGUYGGUAUCUUUCAGAAACGAAACGUAUCAGAAUUGCCMCUUCUAUAAAAACACUGAAGUUGCUUCAAGAAAUUCCAGUCGACCAGAAUAAAAAUCCUGCUCUUGUUGUAGGCAACCCUUUGGUUGGUGAAGUAAUGCUAGAUGGGGAAAAGAAAAAUGUUCGUCCAUUAAGUGCAGCCUUUCGCGAGGCGAACGCAGUAAGUAGUAUACAUAAUGUCAUGCCAYUGACAGAAGGAAUGGCAACAAAGCAAGCUGUAACAGAACGAUUACAACGAGAACUAUCUCUUGUUCACAUUGCUGGACACGGAUGCAGUAGUAUAGGGGAUGGGGUGUUGGACGACCUACAGAAAACGAAAGAAGAAUUGCUGCUGCGAAUAGGCGAUCUGGAGAAACAGCUGCCAACCGCGGCGGAGAGCGAUUUGGAAAGCCUAUCCAGCGAGUCAGAGGAUUUGUCCGAAGAAGUAGAGGAGAUAUCCACGAAAAUGGACUGGCAGAUAGCUGGGAAUGUGCUAUUCGCCGUCUUGGGUAUUGGAGCGCUUGUUUGGGCCACCAGACAAGAACCCAAAGUUGUAUACAAAUAUAUUCCACACGAACCAAAGCCUAGGGAGCCACCAAAGGGAAGGAUUCCAGAGAUGGAGUAG